CUUCCAAUCGCCCUCCUUCUUCACUUUGCGCAUGUGCACACCUCUCUUCCCCGGCUGCCCAGUACACGGUUCAGGGGAGAAGUCGAAGCUUGCACCCACCACGCCUGCGCAACCUCAGCCCCGCCCCUCCACCGUCGUCCCCGGAAACGCUUCCUUUCUACGCAACCGCUGCAGCAGCCCGAAUCGCCGGAGCUUUGCCUCUCUAGGCCGGUAGGGACUCUCUUCCAUGAUCCUGUCUGUCAAGACUGUUUGGGAGGGCGGCCUGUGAGGCUGGGUCGCGUUCGGACGCUUCGAUCCUCGAGUUGGUCACCGGUGAGUGGACCCCAAGGAAAUGUCCCCGGGAGUCCUGAAGCCCAUGGCGCGGCGGCGCUGACUCAAGCUCCGGCCCGAGGCCCUGCCGCUCUGGCCGGCAUGGCGGGCCAGUUCCGCAGCUACGUGUGGGACCCGUUGCUAAUCCUGUCGCAGAUCGUCCUCAUGCAGAACGUCUAUUAUGGCUCUCUGGGCCUGUGGCUGGCGCUGGUGGACGGGCUGCUGCGCAGCAGCCCCUCGCUGGACCAGAUGUUCGACGCCGAGAUCCUGGGCUUCUCCACCCCUUCAGGCCGGCUCUCCAUGAUGUCCUUCAUCCUCAACGCCCUCACCUGUGCCCUGGGCUUGCUGUACUUCAUCCGGCGAGGGAAGCAGUGUCUGGAUUUCACUGUCACUGUCCAUUUCUUUCACCUCCUGGGCUGCUGGUUCUACAGCUCCCGGUUCCCCUCGGCGCUGACCUGGUGGCUGGUCCAAGCCGUGUGCAUAGCCCUCAUGGCUGUCAUCGGGGAGUACCUGUGCAUGCGGACGGAGCUCAAGGAGAUCCCCCUCAACUCAGCCCCGAAAUCCAAUGUCUAGAACUGGGUUCUUUGGACACCCCGCUGGGCAGGUGCCCCACCCCCCUACGCCUUGGGCUGCUCAGACCCUCCAGGUGAGGUCCAGCCCAGGCCUGAGAGGGACCCUGGGAGUGUGAAGUCUGUCCGUGUGGGAGAGAUAGUGAGGCCCUGGCAAGAAGGCGGGGAGCAGUCAGGGUCCCAGCUGCUGCAAGCAUGGCCCUCGUCUGCGGAAGCCUUGGUGUCUAGGAGGUCAGCAAAGGGCUCUGAACUUGGUGUCCGGGAGGUCAGCAAAGGGACAUUGAUCAGGGCAAUAACGGAAUUGGAACCAUGUCACUCUUGAGCCGUCAUACCUAUCACCAGCCUAUUAUUUUAAAAAAGGAAAGAAAUCAAGGAUAUCUGAUUGGAGCGAGCCACUCUUCUGGUCAUCGGUCUUACCUCCCCGGGACAGCUGUCAGCUUUGCCGUGUUGUAGGACCGCAGCUCUUCUGUUUGGAGAAACGCUCGAUCUCUGGGUUCACGGCCACGGAGAAGGACGCGGGUGCACGGCGUUAGGCUGCUCUGGGGCGAGACGGCAGAUGGAGGCAGCCAGGCACCAGGAAAACACACAGCCUGGGUCUGGCUGUGUGCGUGUUCACCCGUGAACCUAGAGUUCCCUCUACUGGGUCCACAUCCUGCUGCCAGCUGUCAACUUAGUCGGCCUUAGGACCCAGAGAAGCGUCCUCACAUCAUUCCGGUCUCACCCUCAUAAUAGAAUCUCUGCGAGUGAUCAGGCACCUCAGCUCCUCCUGGACAUCAGUUCUGGGCAUAGGUUCUUUUUCCUGACUUCUUUGGAAGUGUGCAGUGGGAAGGGUGUGAUGGGCGUCUGGAGACAGGGAGCCCAGGCUUCCAGCUCGACCUGCGCUGACGGUGCGGAGGGGGAUAGGGAUUUGCUGUUGAGAUUUUUGUUGGGAGUGGAGUGUCUGUCCUCUGUGAGGGGCUUGCAGCUGUCCUUCCUAUGUACAUAAACACAGUAUUUUCCACGGU